AUGCCAGGACCCCUAUACCGCGACCCGUGGGCGAAGAGAGAGGCGUGGAGAAAGUCUCCCAUCUUCUCCAACAGGGCCAUGUUCAAGGGCAUGUUCCCCGGGCUUGGAACGGCCAUUGUCGCCUUCACCGCCUAUGUCAUCUACGACGACUUUUUUGCCGCCAAAUCAUCACACGGCCAUGGCCACUAG